AUGGCUCCGCCCCCCGGUUCCGUCCCGGCCGGAGCCGUUUCCGGUGAUGGCGGAGGGGCAGGGGGGGCCUCGCGGCUUCUGGGGUCGCUUGAGGGGGAGCCGCAUCGGGCGCUGGUGGGGUGCGCUGCUGCACGAUUACGCAUCGGCGGUGCGGGAGGCGGCACAAGACGCUCGUCGCCGUCCGGUAGCUGCAGCCGCCGUCGUGGCAGCGUUGGCAGGAGCGAGCGCCUGUGCCCGCGCCGUCCCCAGCGCCGAAUCCUUUGAUGCGGCGACUCUGGAAGCUUCCGGAACGCUCCUGCUUCUAUCACCCGCCACACGCAGUCCCAGCGCCGACCGGCACGUCCAGCGGCUCCUACGGCGCCGCGAAUCCGGCCGGUUACGCUACCGCAACCUCAUCUUUGCCGCCGUCAUCUACGAGGCGCCGCACGCCGCGGACGCUGCGCUGUACUCGGCGCAGUGCCGGCACCUGUUGCCGCGCUGGCGUGAUUUCCCCGGCCGCAUCCUGGAUGUAGGAUUUUUCGGGCGCUGGUGGGUGCUGGCGGCGCGGCUGCGGGAUUGUGACAUCAACGAGGAGGAAUUCAUGGCGUUGCCGGCGCGGCUGCGCCAAAUCCACCCCAAUCAGCUCCGCUCUCACCGCAACGAGAGCCGAUAUCUGGAGAAAUUCCAGCCCAUAAUACUCAGCCCGGAGCAGAUCCGGCAAGCCGAGAGCGAGGUGGCCGCGCCGGGAGCACGUGAACACGACGGGAUGGUGCAUGCGGCUCGUUAGCGCCGCUGAACUCUCACUUAGGACUCCUAACGUCGUUAAUUCUCCUUCAUAACUCAUUAACGGGGCCAAAUUCCCGUGGAUUUACCCCAAACGGUAGUUGGGGGUGAACGGGACGGCACCCCCACGCCCCAAUUACCCCCAACCCCUCGUUAUGGUGUUUUAUUAAUUGCAGGCAUUAAGACUGCUCUUAUUUCUGCUUAAUUAUCAGCCAGGGGUUCGUUAGGGCUGGGGCGCUCGCUCGUCUCGUUAUCGAUCAGUGCUUUGUUAAGGCACUGACGCGUCUCACCCCCUGGGGAUUAAUUAUUGUGAGGUGAUGGCUCCCACUGCGAUAUUUAAUUAAUUGAUUUGUAUGGGUUUUAUAUCUAUUUGAUAUCUCGGCUUUCACCGGCGUUGCCGUGGAGACGGUGCUGACGAACCGGCAUCGUUAAACCUUAAUUUCCUUUGGCAAUUAAGCCCCGCUGGGAACGCCGGGACGCGCACACGUCUCUGCCUGAAUUAAUGACGCCGCCAGGAGAUGCUAAUUAGCACCGGUGCCUGCCGGUUCGUUACUUGGCCUUGAUUAUCCCACUUUUUGCCCCCAAAUCCCUGCUUUCUGCCUCGUGGGUUAGAAUUCUUCGG